AUGUAUAGACAAAUACCUUUAUCUGUUGCGUUCAGUAGUGAAAACCCUGACGUCAAAAUAAAGGGGAACAGAGUAACGUUUAAGUUUCCAACAGACUGGAUUGUGAACAUAAAUGAAGAGAAGUACAUUGGCAUAACAUCUAUGUAUAUAACACGUGCUUUCAGAAAGGUUGACUUUAUACUUCAAGUCGAGAUAGAAAAUGACGAACAGUCUUUAAGCGCCCAAAACAUUCACAUAUACAAAUACUUUAAAGACGAUACAACAUUGCAACAAUGUAUGAUUUCAUUUAAUGAGAUGUUCGAGAAAAAGUUUAACAUUGAAGUACAAACUUUACAGCCUUUACGUGAGUUUCUUGCACAACUGAAAGAAGAAGGUAGUCAGCCACAACUUAUAGACUUUCAUUAUGAAUUUAAUGAAAAUGAAGAUGGAACUCAUGACUGUCAAUUCAUUGUAUUCUCACCAUUCAAUGAAGUCGCUAAAAAGAAAGAAAAUCCAUUAC